GGUCCAGAUUUGUGUGUCGUACAUUUUUUUUUAUGCUUUCUUUUUUGUUCUGGAGAUAAUAUUUAGGAGGAUCUUGCACUUUUAGCUCUGCCGUGACAGUGGGAACAAUCAGCCUCGACGUUGACGUGGUCAGUUGGCGUGUCCCGACUUGGAGUGACGGCUGUGCGGUCCUAUGAUUCCUCCUAAACAUUUUUUUUGCGCUGGCCCCCUUUUUUUUAACAAACUAUAUCGCUAACUUUAGUUAAAUCGUGAUCUAUUUACACCUUCGUUGGAAGUAGAAGACAAGCCCGGGGUUCAAGAUGUCGGUAGCGGGCUUCAAGAAGCAGUUUUAUAAAGCCAGCCAGAUGGUAAGUGAGAAAGUCGGAGGUGCUGAAGGAACUAAACUAGACGAUGACUUCAGGGACUUGGAACGGAAAGUAGAUGUGACCAGUAAAGCUGUAGUGGAGGUAAUCUCCAAAACAUCAGAGUACCUUCAGCCCAACCCAGCAUCACGGGCCAAACUGUCCAUGUUAAACACCAUGUCUAAGAUCCGCGGGCAGGUGAAGAACCCGGGCUACCCUCAGGCCGAGGGGCUGCUCGGUGAAUGUAUGGGCAAGUAUGGACGGGACCUCGGAGAGGAGACUAACUUUGGCGGAGCGCUAGUAGAUGUUGGAGAGUCCAUGAAGAGGUUGGCAGAAGUCAAAGACUCUCUAGAUAUCGAUGUCAAACAGAACUUCAUUGAUCCACUUCAAGGGCUCUGUGACAAGGACCUCAGAGAGAUACAGCAUCACCUGAAGAAGCUGGAAGGACGCCGCCUGGACUACGAUUACAAGAAAAAGCGUCAGGGCAAGAUUCCAGAUGAGGAGCUUCGACAGGCCCUGGAGAAGUUUCACGAGUCAAAGGAAGUGGCCGAGACGAGCAUGUACAACCUGCUGGAGACUGACAUAGAGCAGGUGAGCCAGCUCUCCUCCCUGGUGGAGUCCCAGCUGCAGUACCACAGACAGGCUGUGCAGGUGCUGGAGGAGCUUUCUGACAAACUCAAAGACAGGAUGAGUGAUGCUCAGACUCGACCAAGACGUGAAUACAUACCCAAACUCAAACCUACCUAUGACUUCGGAGAAGACAACCACUCAAAUGGCGGCUACACAACCUCCAUGGCGCCUCCACCUUCACGCAACUCAGCCCCGGAGCAGCCGAGCUGUAAGGCGCUAUACGACUUUGAUCCAGAGAACGAGGGAGAGCUGGGCUUCCGCGAAGGCGAUAUCAUCACCCUGACCAAUCAGAUCGACGAGAACUGGUACGAGGGCAUGCUGAACAGCCAGUCGGGAUUCUUCCCUCUCAACUAUGUUGAAGUCCUCGUUCCGUUGCCACACUAAUAUGAAGAGAGCUAUGAAGGAGACUGAUGGAGAGAAGGAGGGGAGAGCAAGUAGAGAGCGAGGAAAGCGAAGCCAAGGGAUGGUCCGCAGAAUUCUCAUUUUCACCUUCAGCUCCAACGUCACCGUCACAGACGAGCACUUUCUUUUGCCAUCUGGAGUCCUGGAGAAGACGGUCACAUUUCAAAGUCCAGACCAGAAUAUAAACCUGCUCCACCCAAAGGUAAAAGGUUCUGAUGUGGACACAACAUGUCAUCAUGCGUUAUCUGGCAGUCAGAAACAUUUCCUGAGGACUAACUGACGACACAUUUCUAAGAAGCAUUUGUCUUUAACCACAAAUUACUGAUAUCGUAAAGAUAAUUUGUAUUAAAUCUGGUGAUUAUGAUGGGGUGAUGCAUUCAUAUCAUCCUCUUUGUGCGCCUGCAGUCUGUUUCAAAACAGACUGAAGAGGUCAAUUCAAACCUGGCAGUACAGGUCAGGCGUAACUUGACUGAAUAUUAUCCUCAUUUCAAAAACUUAAAGACUGGAGCUCAUCUCUUGAUGCCACCUGCUGGCGAGUCGGUGUAUUACUUUUACCUAAACUAAAAUGGAACCACAGAUGAACUAGAAGUGUAGUUGAACUAGUUGUAUCUAAAAAAUACUACAUUCAAUUUUUUUAUGAGAAAUGAGACGAAAGUUUGCCUCAGAUUUGCCGUUUUGACCGUUUUCAGGUUUGAGCCUGUUUGUAAUGCUCUUUUUAAAGAUCUAUGUCUAAGCUGAUGAUGGCGUCAGAAGACAACGGGCCUGAUACAGUGGUGUCCUUUCUUUGUUUUUUAUUGUUUCAGUAUUUGAUUUAUGUUCGUCUCUACCUACUACAGUAGUUUUAAAAGAAGAAAUUCUUUCUGAAUAUGUGAGAAAAUGUUAUAAUUGCACCUUGGUCCUCAAACGAGAUUGAUGUGUGUGUGACAGACCUACUCCACCAUUACACACAGACCCAAAGUUAAAUGCAGACGUUGCACCUUUUUGUCACUCAAGGCCGCCGUGUGUUUGUCGUACAGAGAUGCAGAAUGGUUCGCUGUUUAGUGGUUUGUCUGCUAGUCUGUUCGAUAGAGGAGACAGAGCCAAAAAGUCUUUAUAAAAUGCAAUAGAAAGAUAUCGCUUGGUGCGCCUGUUUGUUAAACUGCUAAGUAUUCUGUAACAUAGCCAUAUAUUCAUUUAGUUUUGGGCCUGUUUGUUUUAGCAUGGUCAGCCUUUUCCUUUUUAUUUGGUCUUAUGACCCCGUUAACACGCCUGUUAACUCGUAUAGUGCCUGAAUAUAGAUGAAGCUGCUGGUCAGUCUUUCAUGUUCAUCACGAAGUGUCCCACUAUUUCUGUUAUCCCUCGUGUCUUUGAGAAUGUAAAACUCAUCUGUGCUUUGAAACUUAUUCUGACCCUGUGAUCCUGAUGAUUCACGAUGGAUUCGAUUUAUUUGUUAGUACGUCGGGCUGAUGUAGACGGGCGUCUCUCCUGUAUAGUUAACCCAUUUAGACGAGGCUGGUUUCUUGUUCUGGGUUUAGCCACAGCCCACGUCUCCUCCGACACACACUGUACAGUAUGAGGGAAAGACCUGGAGUGAAAGGGAAAACAUCAAGGGAAAUAUAAUUGUAAGCUGUUGUCCAUUUUGACUAAUAUGGAGAACUUUUGUUACCAAACAUGAAUCCUUACCAAACACGUGUGUCGGUCCGCUGGUUUUGAAUUGUUUUGGCGGGAAAAAAAGUUUUAAUUUGUGAAUGACAAAUGUGUGCUCUUUCUUCCUGCUACAUUUCCCUUCUUAUUAUCUGUGUUUGUCCAUCACUCUACGCUGCCAAACACUUUCCCCACUCCCUGGUUUGGUCCUUGUCUCAUAUGUUUACAUCUCUGAUCUUACUACAUUUCAAUGCUUGUAUCAAGUUCAGGGCAAAGUUAAAGGACUGUUGGAGGUGCUUGCGAGCAUUGUUUUAGUGCCUUUUGGAAAAGAAAGCAGGGAAAGUACCGCAACUAAUCCAGCAACCAAAACCUAACCUAGCUACAUAAGAAUAAGGUCGAGAAUUUCUUUUCUACUUUUGGUUUUUAUUUCUAGUCGGUGGCACUUUCCUGUGUAAAGAUGAAACGCAUGUGUGCACAUCUCUGCACAUUUCUGACACUACAGGCAGUUUCCUGGACACGUGUUGUUUCGACUAAUGUGAGGUUUAUCAGCAGACCACCAGCGGAAAUGUUUAUUUUUAUGUAGAUUUUAAUCCAUGUUUGGAAAAAAUGUCCCACUGAUUUCUUUUUUUAUUUGUUUAAUCAGUCUUAAGUGCUCUUUUGAACAGCAUAAAUCAUUCUGGCUCUUUAUAGUAUUAUUUUUUAUAUACAAGACCUUAAAACAUUUAAAUUAAUAUUUGCAUGUAGUCCUAUAUUACACCUUGUUAAAUGUAUGUCUUUUAGAUUUAAGUUGCCUUUUUUUACUUUCGGUAUUGAGUACAGAAUUUAACAGCAAUAUUUUGUCUUUUAUUCUCAAAGUAUUUGUACGUGCUUCAUUCUUGUCCUGUCCCCCCCCCCCCCUUCUUACAAUAAAGAAAAAAGAAAAAUGU